AUGGCAGCCACCAACUCUUCCUCCUACCACCUUUUCCUCUUCUUCUUCUUUUCCUUCCUUAUAACUCAGCCUGCCCUCACCCAGGACCCAUCCCUCACUACGAUGACAGUAGCCAAAGGCGACCAGUUCAUCGUCCCCACCACGUUGGCCAACCAGACGACCCCUAGCUACGUGGAGACAACCCAAAACACCCCUCCAGAGACGGGACUGUCCACUCCGACGAGUGGUGGAGACGCAGACGAUGAGGAUGUCCCUCCAGCCGGCGGGACUCGUUGCCAGGGUUACUACGACGUGAUGGGUCAGUGGGACCCGCCGUUCAACUGCAACGCCGGCGUCUUCCUGUACUGCUGCGGUACCUGCUUCUACCGCUUCUGCUGCCAGUUCCGCCAGCAGCGGCUGGACCAGAGCAUCUGCUCCAACUACGACACGCCCAUCUGGGCCAACACGGGCAAGCCUGUGGCCACAAUCACCGAAGGCCAGGAGGACCAGGACCGGGACCGCACACACCUCAUUGUCUACAUCAUCUGUGGAGUGGUGGCCAUCAUGGUGCUGGUGGGAAUCUUCACCAAAUUGGGCCUGGAGAAGAGCCGUGGAGGAAGUGGAGGAGGAGGAGGGGGAGGAGGAGGAGCAGGGUCGACGCACACUGAUCUCAACUCCAGGACACUGACGGACCUGCUGAAGCAGCAGGGAGGUGAGGUGAGCUCGGUGGAAAACACCACGGCCAGUUCGCCCAGCAGAGGGAGAGCCAACGGCAUCUCAGCCAGGAUGAUGCGCAGCAGGAGUGAACAGUACCAUCUGAAUAACUCGGGUUACGGGCCGUUCGGACAAGGACUCCCACACCCGCACAGUAACCACAGCACAGCUGGACUGAACAAAUACACCUCCCUCAAAGCCGUCGCGGACAGUGCGUCUCGUAGCUACUACAAGAGCUUCCCGCUCAUGGACUUCUCUCACUACCAACCUGUGGCACCUCCUGCCUUCCACCAGCCUGUGCCGGUGCAGCCCAAAGAGAAGUCCUACAUCCACCAGCCCCUGCCGUCACACCACGACCUCCAUGCCCCCCUGUCCAUCUCCAUCCCCUCCAGCCAUCUGGAGCAUUCGCGUCUCCCUAAGACCACCACGCACCCGCUCCUCUCCAGCUCAGCCUUCAAAGCCUGGGAGACAACCGGCCGCCACGUCCACAGGCAGACCUCUGCCCCGGGCCACACCUCCUCCUCCCUGCACAGCUCCACCCGGAGACACGGCUAUUCGACCCGCAGGCAGCAGAGCAUAGAGAAUAUGCCGGAUCUCUUUAGCCAACCCUAUGGAGGGAUGUAUGGAGGAGCUGGAGGAGGGACGGGGCAGGGGCAGCAUGUCCAGGGGCAACACCCUUCUCAACCCUCCUACUACCACCACACCAGACAGAAGAGCUACUCCACCCACAGUACGACUGAGGUGACCGUCUGA